CGCCCGCUCUUCCGCCCGGGCUGCCCUCGGCGCCGCCUGAGCCUCGGUGCGGGCUGCGCGGGGCGCCGGUUCCGCAGACGCCUGGGUCGGGGGCUGCGUGCGGGACGCUUGUCGCGCGUGGACGGGGCGCGAGCGCGCGGGGGACGCAGGGCGCCGACCUGGGGCUCCCCGGCGCUCCGGCUCCGCUCAGGGCGCCCGCUCAGGGGCCUCCGGCGCGAGGCCCCCUUUCUGGUCAAGAUGGCGGCGCCCAGGCGGGCCGCGCCGAGGUGAGUUGGAGCCGGGCCCGGAGAGGGGCGAACCUGCCACGCCCAGGACUUGGACCCCGGGCUGGUCUCCCGUUUCCCGGGGAGCGGCGGGAACUGCCAGACUGUUUUCUACAGCAGCUGCACCAUUUUGCAUUCCCAUCAGCUGUGCACGAGGUUCCAGUUUCUGCAGAUUGGAGAACCCGUGAAAGGAGUUGCUGCGAUGGUUUGCUGGGCUCUCAGGAGAGCUGCCCAGGUGCGCGUCCACCUGGCGAGGAAGGCCAGCGGGGUCUGCCGAGGCCCUGAGCAUCAGGCCUCGGGCGCGAGGCCCGCUGCCCCGGAGCCCGCCACCCGGGGAACCCUCGGGGCCCCGGGCGGCACGGUGGAGCUGCUGGGCAAGUCCUACCCCCAGGAUGGCUACAGCAACCUGUCCCGCAAGGUCCUGUCCAGGGUCGGCAGGAACCUGCACAACCGGCCGCAUCACCCGCUGUGGCUGAUCAAGGAGAGGGUGAAGCAGCACUUCUACGCGCAGUACGUGGGCCGCUCGGGGACGCCCCUCUUCUCUGUCUACGACGACCUCUCCCCGGUGGUCACCACCUGGCAGAACUUCGACAGCCUGCUCGUCCCGGCCGACCACCCCAGCCGGAAGAAGGGCGACAGCUAUUACCUGAACGCGACCCACAUGCUGCGCGCGCACACGUCCGCGCACCAGUGGGACCUGCUGCGCGCGGGGCUAGACGCCUUCUUGGUGGUGGGCGACGUGUACCGGCGCGACCAGAUCGACGCCCAGCACCACCCUGUGUUCCACCAGCUGGAGGCCGUGCGGCUCUUCUCCCGGCACCAGUUAUUUGCUGGCGUAAAGGAUGGAGAAAACCUGCAGCUUUUCGAACAGAGUUCUCGCUCUGCCCAUAAACAGGAGACACAUACCCUGGAGGCCACGAAGCUUGUAGAGUUUGACCUUAAGCAAACACUUACCAGGCUUAUGACACAUCUUUUUGGAGAUGGGCUGGACAUCAGAUGGGUGGACUGCUACUUUCCUUUUACUCAUCCUUCCUUCGAGAUGGAGAUCAACUUCCACGGGGAAUGGCUAGAAAUUCUUGGCUGUGGGGUGAUGGAACAGCAACUGGUAAAUUCAGCUGGUGCUGAAGAUCAGAUCGGUUGGGCCUUUGGCCUUGGGCUGGAGCGGCUGGCCAUGGUCCUCUACGACAUCCCCGACAUCCGCCUCUUCUGGAGUGAGGAUGAGCGCUUCCUGAAGCAGUUCUGUGUGCAGGACAUCAACCAGAAGGUGAAGUUCCAGCCUCUCAGCAAAUACCCUGCUGUGAUCAACGACAUCUCAUUCUGGUUACCUCGCGAGAACUACACAGAGAACGAUUUCUAUGACUUAGUCCGAACAAUUGGUGGAGACCUGGUGGAAAAAGUUGAUCUUAUAGACAAGUUUGAACAUCCAAAACAGAGCCGAGUAAGUGCACUUAUUGGAACUAAAAGAUUGGCCAGCAAUGAGAAGCCAGCUCCAGUGAAUCUUGGGAGAGCUCGUCAGAAAUGGCGUCCCCCUUGAAAUUGACAACAUGCGGUACCAAGGAGACGGCAUUAGAACUCUCCUGUCUCCUUGCUCUUCCUUCAUCGUUAUUGCAAGGCUGGUGGCAUGAGUAUCAGAACUUCUGUUGUUGUGGUUCCGACAGCCCGGAAGGCAGUUCUAAGAAGACUAUUUUUGGCCUGAUAUAUCUUUUUCCCGAUCCCGUCCCUACCCUCCUUCCCCAGGCCUUCUUUUUAAAGCAGCCCACGAGGUGUGCGCUUUAUUGUGAUCACAGAGCAGCCGUGCUGGCCACCAGCAUGAGACGCGUUAAAACACAAUUAGUUCAGUCCCCAAACUCCCUGUUCGGCCUUGUCCCCCGGGACCUCGCCAUUUGCGGAAGGGUUCUUCGGGAUCACCCGCAGGCUGCCCGGGUCCCAGAGGAGCAGGUCUGCACAGAGGAGGGAGGGAGCAAAGCACCUGCUUGAUGCUGGUGAGGCUGGGCCAGAGGCCAGGCGCCCGGUGAACGCGUCCUCAGUGACCUGCUGUGUCACUGCACACCUCUGUGGAAACUAACCCAGAAGCCACUCUUUCCUCUUGAGCUUGCAGUGAGCAGUUUUCGGGGGGGUCCUCUGGCUGUGUCUCCGCGUGGCAUCCUGUGUACCUUUUUGUAGCGUGGAGACUGCACGCCCUCUUUCCAAGAUGCCAGGUGAGAGCACCUCGCGCCCCUUGACGGUGGCCUGUCCGCCCUCACAGUGCUGAUCAGAGUGAAGCAAGUGAGGACAAGCCCCGAGGGCAGCACGCGGGAUGGGAAGUCUCCGAUCUGCUGGCAGAAGUGGGAUAGGGGGCCCACCAUCUGGGGCAAUUAUGAGAAAGGCUUUCAAUCAUUUUGGGUCUUCAGAGUUUUUAACCCAGUUCGCAGGGUCACUUCUUUCCACGGGCUGCCACCCAAAUGUACGCCCGGAGACAGCCAUGGGAGUCAGCCCUCCCCCGCCCUCCCUCACCGUCUGUCCCCGUGUCUGUCACCUCAUUCUUCACGGCCCACGGAGGCUUGGCCCCGAAUGUACUGCAGCCCUCAGAGUUAGUCGUGUUGUCCUGGCGACCAAGAGACGCAUGAACCCAAAUACAGCCUGACGCUGUGCGAGCUCAGAAUUGUACCUAGUGCCCCCACACAGUUAUCCUCAUUAGAGAUUUGGGGGCCGAGUCUCUACAGGUGGGCCUGCAUUUGUAAGGAUGUCUCAGGGGCACACAGGUGAGGCCUGUGUGGGAGAGUCUUCAAAACUUCAGAUCUCUGAGCGGCGGAGGUGCCCUGGUGGACCUGGGCCUCACCUGGCUGGUGUCCUGAGUGAGAAUCGAGCCUUUUCUGCCACCAGCGCCUCUGGGCGGGGGCAGCACACAGUCCGGGGCCGCGACUCCCACUGCAGGCGGGGGCGGCACCAUGCAGCCGCCCCAGUGUCUCCUGGGCGACUUAUUUUCCUUAACUUGGUCAAGCUGAGGCUCAAGCAGCAGCCAGGAGGUGUACCAAAGAAGGCAGGGGGCGGCCACGUGUGGGAUGAGGGGUCCCUCCAGGGGGAAGGACCAGCGAUGCGCACUGGUGGGCCCAGUGGUACCCACCGUCUAGGGUGUCUGUCUUAGGGACUUGGUAGAGGGCCGAGCAGUCAGUAGCACGGGGAGGUGUGAGGCGGGGCAGACAGGCCGUCCCAGAGGAGCCAGGCUUCGGGGCAGCCAUCCAGCCACGAGUGGAGUGGAGCCUGGCUCAGGCUGUCUCGGAGGGCCGUGGGGGCCACUUUCUGGGGUGCGAGCCCCGGGCGUUGCGGCACGGCCACCAGCAGGGCCGCCUGGAUGGUCUGCUGGGAGCUGCUGGCCCAGGGCUGCAGCUGGUGUCCGCAUCAGAGUUGGGAUCGGGGCCUGAGUCCGAACGAGGCAGAAUCUGAGACCCGGUGCUGGGGGGACAUGGGGAGCGGUGCAGUUAGAAACCCGAGGAGAGCAGCAGGUCCUUACAGGCGCGUCCCCCUGUGCUUGUUUUGUUUCGUCUUAAUAGCCCGUAGCUUCACUGUGGCCUGUUUAUUCAAGUGUAGUUAGGGGCCAGGGAGGGUGUUUUCAUUGUGGGAAUUUGAUCGGGGUCUAGUGAGGAAAGAGCAAGGUAGAAUGUUCCGUGAGAUUUACACGAGGAGAGAAGGGCGCCUCAAGGCAACGUGGUACCAGGAGGGCAUCCCCGUCUCAGUGGGGCCGCUCGUGACGGUGAGAGGACGGGUCAGACGCCGAAGACGUGAACGAAGGAACCUCUGUUCCGAUGUCACGGUGGUCACCACCCACCUGCUCACAGGGGUCUCCGUCUCCAGCAGAGCCCCCUCAGGGUCUUCUGGAAGCCCCAGAGGGCGUGUCGUGUGUGUUCACCAACAACCCUACUCCACUGAACACGGCGACGGCUCUCAUCAGGUCCCCAGGGUUUCCGGCCGGGCGUUGCCGGUCCUGCUGCUUCCCCAGCAGGCACACUGUUGAACUUCAGAGCCCCGUGGUGUCCUGUGUGUUCCAGGCUUGUACACAGCGGAGUCAGGUCAUGCUUGUCACCUCUGCCUGAGCCACAUCUUCCCACCUGCCUCGCAGGGCCCCUCCCGCACGUCCUCCCCUCGGCUUCUCCCUUCAGGUAACACAUCAGACAAAGGCUGGGGAUUCCAGGUUGGACCUGGCGAAGUCUCGUUUACACUAACAUCUUUUCCACGCGAGCGCUGUUCGGAAACGAGGACAAAAUCAGCAAAAUGCCAGUUGCCUUAAUGACUAUUCUGUAAGAUGUCUCACGUGUGUCCUAUUUCUCAGAGGAGACAGAACCUCACAAAGUGUUUGGGUCUGUGUUUGACAGGUGUGGCUACUUUUCUUAGCCUUCACUUGCUCCUGAAAGAGACAGUAGUAGUAAGAUGAGGAGAGAGGAAACUAGGAAUGAAAAUUAAGCAGGUGAAAUAUUUGUACAAGAGAUGGCAGCCGUGGUCUAGACAUUUACACAAAAUUUUACUGGAAUAAAUAAUCACUGAGCCCAGCUUUCAUUAAAUAUGGUAAUUUCUCCUAGAUCAUCCGUCCAGUCAUGCACCCGGUAUGCGGUUUUUGAAAUUCUGUGGUGAUGGUAGAAUGAGUAUUUCUAACACAUUCUUCUGUUUUAGCAGUUGCCAUAUUGCAUUGCAUUUAUCCACUUUUCCACCCUUGCACUGUGAAUUAGUGUCAAGCACUGGGUCUUGAACUUUCUACUAUCUUUGGGUUUUAGAACAUAGUAACCACACUCACUUAAAAGAUCUUGGUGAAUGAAUGAUGAAGAAAAAGAAAGAAAAUUCAUACAUUAGGUCAUAUUUUCUCAGGAUAUAACAGACAUCCCUUUCCAUGUAGACCAAAAAGACACCCCAGUUGGUAACAUUUUCUGGUCGAGUGACCGGAAUUCUUUCCUAUCAGUUAUGAUGGUUUCUUACAGGAGAGAAAAGUGGGGUGAGGACUGAUACGUAGGAACAGGAAUUAGGUUUCAAUAAGUUGGGUUCUGAGUAAACGGCUGGUUUAAAAAUAGUGCAGUUUGGGCCAAAUGUUCAGAUAGAGAAAAGGAAGGAAAGAAAAGGGGGAAAAGGUGUUUUUAAGAAGGUUGGUCGUAUCCUAUAUAAAAUAUAUUUUAAAGCUCUGAGCUCCCAGGAUCAGGAAACUGGGGGUGUUGGAAGUAUGCAAAUUAUCCAUGGUUACCUAGAAAACCCUUUUCUCAUUGGAAGAGGGGAGAUCACAAGGCAGGAUAGAAAUUCAGGGAAUCAAAUUGUAAUGUGUUUAUAUGUAUGUUUGUUUGCCACAAGAUGAUGAGCGAGGAAAAUUUCUGAAGGAAGGUAACAUGAAAGGGAGAAAAAAGCUGUCUGCACAGGGAAGGCAGAGAAGCUUUCGAUCUCCUGAAAGUGGAGUUUCCAAACCAGUAUGCACCGAAGCUGUCCUGUCCAGAGUCACAGGAGUAGUGGACCCUGGCAUCCUUUUCUGGAAGCAGCUUCUGCCCCCAGCGUAUGCAGCCUUGAUAGGGCAGCUUCCACGCUGGUCCAGUAGGUCUCUGCCCCUUGGCCCAGUUGACUGGUCCAGGGGUGAGCACCUAACAAAGCUGGGCAAAUGGGCCUCUUCUCGGUCUUGUUUGGGUGGAAAACCAAAGAGAGCUUUUAAGCUGUAAGUGGUCUUCCUGGGAGCCAUCUCUGGCCGUGUUUCCCAAGGUGCGCAGAGAGAGAGGGAAGGAAGUGGCAGAGUAGAGAUGGGAGGUGGAGGGAAGAUGCUGGCGAGGUGGAGUCCCUCGUCCCACCGUGUGCUGGGGCCCAGCUGCACUGGCCCUUCCCACAGUCCUUCCUCAGACUCCAUAAGCCAGCGCAACUCCCCUGUCCCUUAAGCUCUUGGGACGUGGGCUUCCAUUCCUGGAGACCAAAUGAGUUCCAGUCACUUUGGGCCCUGGAAGAGGGCAAGAAGGCAGAGGAAACAGGCUGAAGCCAUCAGCCUCCUUGUCAGAGAACUUAGAGCAGCACAGAGAUGAGCUGCAGCUGGCCUCGGUCUCCAAACGUCUCUAUUCGGUAUGAGUUUUAAAUGGUUCUUUUCCUCUGAGCUGGAGUGGCUAAAAAUUAAUGUUCUCUUGGUGUGACGCGCUCGUUCCAGGGGACAUGCGUUGCACACUUACCCUGGGGGAGGCACCGUGCUAUCUGUGAUACUCAUCGCCCGGAAAUACCAAAUCGAUUUUUAGAAAUGAGCUCCUGUCCUCAAGGCGCUCACAGUCUGAAAGGAGGUCCGUGCAGAUAGAUAUUUGCAGUCAGUGUGCAGUCAGAGGCCUUGGAUGAGCGAUGCACCACCGUGAUUUCAAAGAAGUGCAGCGCCUUACUUUGCCUUAAAUGCUCAAGAAACUUUCACAGAUCAUGGUUCAUCUGAAUCUUGAAGGCAAACAGGACUUAGAUAUGGAAGGGGCCAAGGCCGAGAGGACAGCUUGCGCAAAGACAGGAAGACGGAGAUGGGAGAGGAGUUCAGAGUGGCUGGCGUGCAGGCACACGGGGGUGAGGAUGAACCGAGAGUUUGUAAGGGGUCAGAUCAUAAAGGCCUUGAAUUCCCUUAUAAAAACGUGGACUUAUCUGGUCGAGCUCGUGGGGAGUCACUGAGCUGGUCCAGCUACUUGCAGUUCACAAAGGAUUAUCUGCCUUUCCUGUGGCCACCGUGUUGGCCAGGGGUGAGGUGGGUCCUAGGAAAAGAUGUAGAAGCACACGUGUGCAGUCUGAGUGAGAGAAGAUGCGUUCUCGCUGAGACGGUGGCAGGAGCCUUGUGGGAAGAAGCUGGCUGGUGGGGGAGAUAUUUAGGAGUUAGGAUCCCCGGGAAAGGUGGGCUGUUGCAGGGAGAGAGCACGGGCCCAGAAGGAAAUACAGCUCCCAGGACCUGGACCCGUGUGACUAGGAGGAUGGAGGUUGAUGAUGCCAUAGGGAGCAGGUGGGGGGAGCAGUCUUUCAGGGAGAUUAUUUGGUGCCUUUGAGCUUCUUGGCUUGAGGUGGGGCACACAGGAAAGUUGACCUAAGAGCCCCCGAGGGGGGGCCAGUAUUAGAAUACAUACUCGGGAGUUGGAGCAUUGGGCGUGACUGGGACCCCAGAAAGUUCUAGAACAGGAGAAGAGGUGGAUGAGAAGAGAGCCCCAGGGAAGGCUUAGGGGAUGGGAGAGAGGGAGAGAGAGCGAGGGAGGGGCUCAGCAGGGUGACCCAGGACCUCCAGGUGGAGAAGCAGCGGCUGGGGGUGGAGAAGCAGCGGCUGGGGGCGGAGCGCGGUGAUGGGGUCCAGCCAGCGGGCACCAAGGCCAUACGGAUCGGCCUUUAGAAAGUUCAGUUCCAGAAAAUACUUUGGAUAAUCACACUUCUUCCCCUUUCCUCCCGUCGUGGCUUCACUUAUAUUUAUUCCACAAAUGUUAGUAAUUAGAGAAUGCUUGAUUUCAUGGAUAUACACCGAGGGUUGAUGUAUUACAGAGCAAACAAGGUGUCCCAACUCUGCCGCCUAGACCUGCCUCUUCAGAGCUGUGUGUCCGGCAGUUUUCACUUGGAGUGAUGCUGUAGGGAAGUUUCACUUUUCUGUCCCUUACCUGUUCCUGUUUUCCCUCCCUGUAUGGUUCAUUUAAAGGAUGGACUAGGACAGCUGUAGGGCCUUGUCCAGGCCCUCUGAAAAGCAGGAUGUGGUGAUUAGAGACCGGCUCCGCACACAGGGGUGGCCCGCUUAAUACAAGCCUCAUUAGAUUCAUUCAUGGGGUGUAGCCGAUGUAUCUACUCAGGAAAGGAUGUGGCCUGAAAAUUAGGACCUAAACAUGAAUAGGAUUUAGGAUUUAAACGAUACUUUGGUCAGCAUUUCUUAAAAUGGCACAUGGAGGAAACACUCCUUAAUAUCACAUAUACUUCCCGUUGGUUUUGUGUGGCAGGGGUCUGUUCACCCGCUGGGGGGGGGCUUGCAGUCCUCCUGGGGGACAGAAGUGCAGUACAGUCCAACGCAGGCGCAGUUCUAGAGGUCAGACCUGACCUGCACUCACCUCUCAGCCCAAAAACAGCCUUCCCAAAAUGAGAGGAAGCAAGCAAGGAAAGCAGAGUGAGGAACAUAUUGCGAGGAAAACAGAGACUUGAUUAUAUUUAGAAUGUUAUUUUUCUGACCUAGAUUAAAUCAAUGGAUACCUAUACAUUGCACUUCUCCGUUUCAGGAUUCCUCCCGCAAGAGAACCGAUUUAAAUAUGAAUCCCAAAUAAUGUUAUCUCGUGUCUGAUGCAGGAAUAUACCUGGCAAUAUUAAGCAGAUCAAACUCCUGAGAAGCCUGGUCUGAUUAGAAGCUAUUCUUGGCAUUGUUUAAGUAAAGGAGAUCAAUAGAGAUAUUCAAGAUGGAAAAGUCCUAAUAGUUAGUAGGAAACCAAAAUUCAAGGUCUCUCCAACCUUCAAAGCAGAGCAAGUGUUUCUCAGGAAACGAACGUGUCUUAGAGAUUCAGCGGGGCCCCCGGACAGUAGUGCCCCCUCCUUCACGCUCCACACCUGGUGUGGACCCCCCUCCCUGCCUGGACAUCACCCUGCAGGCAGCUUUGCCUGGCCAGUGGCUGGACCAGGUGCGGGUUGAAAUUGGACUCUGUAACAUAUGACCCGAUUUACACAUUUAUAUAUUGUAAUCACACUGUUUAGCUAUUUUAUUUUAUUUUUAUUUUAAUAAUAUCAGAUUAUUCUUUUUUUGUUUGUUUGAUGUGGACCAUUUUUAAAGUCUUUAUUGAAUUUGUUAUAAUAUUGCUUCUGUCUUAUGUUUUGGUUUUUUUGCCACGAGGUAUAUGAGAUCUUAGCUCCCUGAUCAGGGAUCGAACCUGCACCCCCUGCGUUGGAAGGCAAAGUCCUAACCACUGGACCGCCAGGGAAGUCCCUGUUUAGCUAUUUUAAAUAAUACUUUUACUUAGGUUUCCUGCUUGCAAUACAAGGGGGAUUGUUUUUUUCGUUUAGCUCAUGCUAUAAUGUAAAAAUGGCAAGGCAGUUGUUGUACUCAUAAUUGCAAAUUUGUUUAAUUAAAAUUACAUUCAGUUGUGCUGACACACUUUUAAGCAACUGUGAAAAAUAGCUAUUAUGAUCUGUUGGUAUGCUGCCUUGAGUGGCUAAUAAUUUUAGUUAGAAGGAGGUUUUAGUUCUUUAUCAUCACCAAACUUGAACAUUAAAGUUUGAGUGAAACAGUAUCAAUAAUUUUAAACCUUUACAUUUGUUUAUCAGUUGGGCCUUUGCAUUAUGUUUUUAAAAUCAGUUUCUCACCCUAUCCCCCAAUAAAGAUAAGGGAGUUUUAUCUGUUAAGUAUCACAUGGGAGUGUUCUAUGGAAAAAUAGAUCCAAACAGUCCAUAGCAGGUGUAAGGGGAGCCUGUCUUCGCAAGUGUUACUUGCUCUCCUGAGAUUGGGUCGUGGUUUCUGGAGCUCAGGUGACCUGCAAUGGCUACAUGAUGUGGUUUUGUCAUAUUCUGUCUUAUUUCUUAUAAGUCCUGGGAAGAAUGGACUGCAUCGUCACUUGGGGCUGGCGGGCCUUCACGGAGCAGUGCACUGGCUCUGGAGGCUGCCCCAGCUUCAGGUCCUGGCUUUGUCACCUGGUGGCUGUGGGACUUUGAGCAAGUUCCUUUCUCUCUCUGAGUUUCUUUGUCUUUACGAUGGAAUUAAGGUUAGAACCUACCUCAAAGUUUAUUUUGCAGGGCCUGGCACCUACAUAUACAGAAUUAACUACUGUUGGUGGUGGCGAUGAGAUCCUAGUGGCGAGUUUCUUCUGGGAGAAACUAAUUGUAAUUGAAUGUAAGCACUAACUACACACCCAGAGCAGCAAAGCUUCCAGCUAGAAGGUUUGCGUGUUAUGUUUACCAUAGUUAAGCUCAUACUCAAAAGAGGCGUACAGCUGCUUGAUGAUAAUAAACAACAAAGUCGCUUUCUUGAGGUCUAAUUGUUUUGGAUAGGAAGAGGAGAAAAGAAGGUAGAGGAUAUUUUGAAAGAAAAAAAGUGUGAUGGGGUUUAAGAUCUGAGAAGGAAUUGUUUUAACACCUUAAGAAAAGGUUGCAAUGUACUUUUUUUUUUCUGAGCACAAUAAAUGCUUUAGGCUGUAGGCGGUUUGAUAUUAUUGGUAGAGGAAAUGGGAAGAAACAACAGAAUUGGACUCUGCAGCCAGCACAUCUGUUUGCAGGGCGCUGUCUCAUGAGCCUUCCAUUCUGGACAGGCCCUGCGUCUGUGUUUCUUAGGGUUUUGAUUCUGGACAGAAGUCUGCCCCGUAGAGUCUUAAAUUCCACAGGGAUCUUGCACAAGACAGCCGCAUUCUGACCUGGAGUCCGGUGAACAGCUGAUUUGAUGAUAUAAGCAAUUACCAGAUAGUUGCCGUCAGUGUCCAUGAAACGGGGAGAUCAGUCAUUUUUAGGAGAUGACGCUCCUUUGCCAUCAUCUAUUGGUGUUUUAAAAUCUAUCUCAUGGUAGAAUAGUUUCCAGAGCACAUCGACCAUUAGAUGUCUUUUAAAAUAGCAUUGUUGGGCUUCCCUGGUGGCGCAGUGGUUGAGAGUCCGCC